AUGGCUUUGCUAGGCGAGCUGGCAGGCGUCGCAAGGGCGUACGCGCCUCUCAUCAUCUGCGCUCUUGUCGUCGUCUAUUGCCUGCGCAACAAAUAUCAGAAAGGACUAAACCAGAUUCCAGGCCCUUUCUGGGCUUCCAUCUCGGACCUGUGGAACUUUGUCCAUGUCUGUAGCGGGCAGUCAACGUCCGAAUACCAGCUCCAUCAGAAAUACGACUCACCUCUGCUACGAAUGGGUCCGAACUAUGUCUCUUGCUCGGAUCCAGAGUCUAUUCGCGUCAUUUACGGCUGGAAACGAGUCUUUAAAAAGAGUGAUCAUUACCUCUGCCAAAAUCAGUUCAGCAAGGAAGGAAUUAUGGUCGAGAAUAUUUCGGCAGUUUUGGAUGAGGAGCGGCACUCGAAGCUCAAAAGAGCCAUCGCCCAUGCCUAUGCGAUGACCACGAUUAAGGACUUCGAGCCCCUAGUGGAUUCGACUUCCCGGACGUUCAUGUAUCAGGUCAAUAAACGUUUCGCAGAGACUGGUGCGACCUGUCCGCUGGAUAAAUGGCUCCAAAUGUACGCAUUUGACAUCAUCGGUGAGCUGACCUUCAGCAAACAGUUUGGCUUCUUGAAGUCAGGCACAGACUUGGACAACAUGAUGCACCACACUGGCAAGGCUAUGGAGUACAUCGGAACUAUCGGGCAACUCCCUGCAAUUGAUUACUGGUUCCGGAUCAAGAAUCCUUUGUUACGUAUCCGCCAAGCGACGACCAAUGUUGUGCUUUUCACCGUCAAGCAGAUCCAGGACCACAUGGCACAUCCAGACUCGAAGAACAUCGACUUCACCACUCGCUUCGUUGCCUCGGCUAAGAAGUGGCCGGAAAUCAUCGACGAACCGCAACUCUACGAGCUGAUCAACACCAACGUGGCUGCAGGCUCAGACACCACGGGCAUCGCACUGAGGCAGGUUGUUUACUCCAUGAUGACGCAUCCACAGGUCUUCCAGAAGUUCAUGGACGAGCUCAAGGACGUCCUCAAGGCUCGUGAGGGCAUGGCAGACUCCACCAAGCCAAUCACAUGGCAGGAGGGCAACAGCAUGAAAUAUCUCCAAGCGGUCAUCAAGGAGUGCCUGCGAUGCCACCCGGCCCUGGGAGAGAUACUUCCCCGUGUGGUCCCUCCAGGAGGUGUUUCUUUAUGUGGUCAGUACAUCCCCGAGGGGACCGUCAUCGGGUGCAAUGCGUGGACGAUUCAUCAAGACCGGGGAGUCUUUGGCGAGGACGCCGACAAGUUUCGCCCAGAACGAUGGAUCGACAAUACCACAGAGGCAAUCUAUCGAAUGGAUGCCAUGAGCUUUCACUUUGGUGCCGGCAACCGCAUGUGCAUUGGCAGGCACAUCGCCCUUUUGGAGAUGACCAAGUUCAUUCCAGAAUUCUUCAGGAGAUUCGAGAUUGAAUUAGUUGACCCUUCCCAAUGGAAGUUCAAACCUGGCUGGAUUGUGCCACAGGAGGGCCUGGACGCCUACAUCAGGCCUAGAGAGCCGUUGCCCUAUCAACAAGACACCUCAUGA